UACUUAGGUAUGUAGGUAUUGUACAAUACAACUAGUAAAAUACCAACUACCAUACAUCUUCGAUAUCAUUGAACAAUCCAACCGAACAUUAUAUACACCAUAACGCACAACGAACAAUACACAAUACACAACGCUUCCUUCGACAAUGACGACCUUCGCCGCGGGGAUGGUCGAUCCCACCAAAGCUGGCAAAUACCCUGUGGUCCUGAGCGAUGCUCUACUCGGCAAAGAUUCCAAGGAGAUCUUUACUGGUGUCAGGUAUAACCACAAGCCGUCCUUAUCAUCACCUACCGCCCCUACCCAAGCACGUAUAAAACAAACAACUGCCCCUAAGAAGGCUGCUGCCUCGUACGAUCUCUCCUUCCAGGAUGACGGCGGUCGUUAUCAAUACAAAGGCACACGCGGCGUCGAGGAUAGCCAGUAUGUGCUAAUCUUUGAUGCCGCACGUGAGGUCUUCGUCCUACACAAAGUCGAUUCCAUGUUCAACAUGAACCUUAUCCAAACCCCAUCCAACGAUAAUGCCCAAAGUCUGCGACGAGAAUUUCCCCAGCUCGAGAGCCAUAGCAGUAGCAGCAGUGCCAAGGCCACAGGCCCAGCUGGCAGUAAUAAACAAUCUGCCAAAUCAAGCACCCAAGAAAAGAAGGCGGCAGCCAAGCCGCGAAAAGCCGCGCCAAAGGCGAAAGCAGAAGAGAAACCAUCUUUGGUUAUGCCUGAGAAGAAACCCCCACCGAAACCUGCUAGCACCAACAAACGACGACAGGCCUCAGCAGACUCAGAGGAAGAUAGCUCAGACGAUGACCUGGGUCUUACCAUUGAGAAUCCAGGUGGCGAUGCCCCGAGUGUGAGUCGGGACUUCUCACCUAACCUUAUCGGAAUACGCCGGUUUUCCGACUUCGUGCAACAGAACGAAGAAGCGGAUGAAGAUGAUGCCGAUGGUGAGGAAGACGACGAGGACAAUUUUGAACACUUCAAGCUGCCUAGUCCUAUCAACCAUCAGAUGCAGGGAGCUACCACAGCUCAACAAGCUCCGCAGGUAGAUGAGGGUGAAGAUGAAGAAGAUGAAGAGAUGGAAGACGUACAACCAGAGCAGUAUGCCGAGGCCGAUGACAUGAUCCUAGACGAGGAGGAUCUGGAAGCUGCCUUAAUAGCCGAACUGGGCGAAGGGGAUAGUCAAGCACAAGAGAGCGAUGUUAGCGAAGAGGAGUAGUCACCAAAGAGUGAUCUAAUCAUCUUGAGAUUCUUGAGCCUGGUCGACAUGAGACUACCUAAUCACUUUCUCUAUUUUCUGAACGAUAUAACGUGGAGUAUAUUGGCGCCUGGAGCUAUGGAUACCAUAUUGCGCAUCUAUGAAUGGGCUGAAUAGGAGACGAAGACACAUGCAUUAUGUAUGGGCUGGGGUUUGCCAUAAAGGAGCUACUGAUUUAAUGUUCUUUAAAUGUACCAGUCUCCUAAUAAGACUAUUGAAUCACCUACUGUAUAGAUACUUUGAUUUUACAACGAUCACGACAUCAUCGUGUGGAAAGUUUGGAAACUUUCAAGUUUAGAAGGUGAACUCUUAUCCCUAACAGUCUAGGUUAACAGUUUUCGGUACGUGGACAGAUAGACAGGCACAUGCAGCAAUGAUUAUCAGAGGGUUCUUAUGGUGUGUGUAUAUAUAAGCCCAGUUCUUUUUCUUUCUUUCUUUCUUUUCA